GAAGUCUUUUAUAUUUGUAUCUGUCUGUAGACUUAUAGGAUACUGCUCUCUACUGAGGACUUUAGUCUGAAGUCCCUGUGUGUACACAGCUGCUGGAUCAGCUUAUAGGGUAAGUGACGCUGCCCUGGGUUUGGAGUGCUUCCACCUACUGGCCAGAGGCAGCACCUGCUACCAGCCCAGUCUCGACAGACCAGACAGAGCUGGCUGACAGCCCCAUUCAGUGAACACAGAUGAUGCUUCCUAUACAGCAGCACCAUCUGCUCCCUCACCAGUCAGUCCUCAAGGGCCCUGCAGGAUGAAAUCAUGUCCGCUCCUGCAUUAACUCAAUCAGGCAUGAUGGAAAAUGAAUGGUGGAAGUUGAUAUCACAUGUGAAUGCUAUUCAUUCUUAAAAUGUUUUGAGGUGGUGGAAUAUUGAUCCCCUCCUAACCUUACCUUUGCACGUCACAAGGUGGCGCUUCACGUUAUACUAUCGUGAUCCGACUCGAGCUGUGUCCGUGCUGCUGAAAUCACACUGUAUUCUGCAAAUACACAGCCGACGAUCAUCAUGUAUUCUCCACGUGGUGAUGGUGUUUCGUUGUGGCCACGUAAAUAAAUAGGCUGCGCCGUGUAAUUUCAUUUUCAAAUUGCCUAAAGUAGGCUACGGGUAUUAAUCUGCUACUGAUUUAUCAUUAUCAAUCCUGAAGUCGUUCAAACCGAAGAAAUGGAAAAGGAGCGAAAAUCCUUCAAACAAUAUGGGUCUUUGGAACGAACCAAAUUUGAUCGACAAGCCGAUAAGAAGGAGGAAGACAUUGUCUCAAUGGCGGACUCCACCAUCACAAUAGAUCACAUUGAAGGGGAGCUUUUCAGAAUCGAGCGGAUACGUGAUGUUCUAGUACGGAGGGAAUCAGAACUAAGAUACAUGAUGGAUGACAUUCAGCUUUGCAAGGAAAUCACACGGCUGAAAAAAGAACUUCAGAAGCUGGUGUCUGUUUCAGACACAGACAAAUCCAAUGAGGACCGGCAGAGGGAGGAGGAGCUGCUGCAGCAGAUCCACAAGCUGGUGGAGACCAGGGACUUCCUGGUGGAUGACGUGGAGUUUGAGAGGCUCAGGGAGAGAGAGGAGGACAAAGAAAUGGCUGAUUUCUUGCAGUCUAAAUUCCCCAAGACCUUGAAGAAAAAAGACGUCACAGAGGACCGAAGGAUGACCUCCAAAGCCCAGCAGACUUCGUCCACUCCCUUCGUCACCAAAACCGGUCUGACCCUUCUGAAGGARUGCUGCGGCUUCACAUGCUCUGUCAUGUAGACUCCUGCCCU